GUUUCCCCCCUCCCCCAGGAUGUGUGUGUCCUCACUCGCUAUCUCUGGGAUCCCGUGGGUGGGCUUUUUUAUUCCAUCAAUUGCUUCAUCUUCUCUCCCUCCCCACCCCCCUCAGCUCAGUGGGGUCUGCAGCCGGCUCUCCUGUUGCUCAGAGAUGAGGAGGCAGUUGCUAAGAGACAGUGAAACGUCAGUACCUGGCCCUCAAGGAAAAACCAAGAGGAGGGGAGAAGGAAGAGAAGGGAAGAGGAGGUGGGGAAAGACCUGGCUGAAAUCACACACACACACACACACACACACAGAGAGAGAGCAUCAGCAGAUGCAAUUCAAUGAGAGACUGAAAUUCCCUCAGCUUCUGUGACUUCCAUGGGUGCAGAUGAAAACAGAGUGAAGGGAGGCAAGAGGCACUGUGGAAGGGGAAGGAAUAGCCCCUGUCGUGAAAAAGAGGAACUCCUCGUGGAUUAAAGCAACCCAAGUCAGCAUCAGAGCUGAGCUGAGCUGCAAAAAUCCACUUCUUAGAUUUUACACAGUAAGAGUCCUGUUGCUGCCUUCUGGGAAAGAAGACCAGGCUUAAAGGACAACUUUGCACCUCUCAUCAUAGGAGUCCAAGCCUUUCUGUUCCACUGGCUUCUUGUAGACAUCAUUGCUUCACAUAUAUGGCUUCUAGGUCACCAUUUCAAAGUAAGGAGCCUCAUGGAUCCAGGCAACCAAUUCUGUGGAAUUCAGUGGUUCUUUCGUAGUUUCGAAGAAUGGAAUGUUCUCUUCAGUUGAGUGAUGACUAUUAACCUGCUUCAUCCACAACAAAAAACAUGGACCCCUAAGCGGCUCAUGUCCAGCCUUAACUCGUCCUGACCUUUCCAAAAGGGCCUCAGCUCCUCCAGAACAGCAGCAGAUUGUCAAGAGUAUCCUCUCCUGACAGCACUCUGGAAUAUUGACCAAGAGAGGGCAUAGAGCCCUGCCAACCCAUAUUUCAUUGAUAAAUGCUCCUUUCUAAAGACACCUCAGUAACUCCAGGAGAAGACCCUUUCAGUUCUGUGGAACUGCAAAUGGAGUUACUAGGCCAACAAAAUGUAUUGGCCUGAUUAUAUUCUUCUAAUAUGACAAGAACUUCUGUGAGAGGCGUUAGCAGGCCUAUGCCUCCAAUGGACAACACAAGGUAAUAACAGACAUUGGGUAAAAGCCACUAUCUUUAUUUAUAUAUCUUUAUUUUGACCAUACGUUUUGAUAUGUGACCAAGGUGGUCACUUGCGUGUGUAUGUAGGUUGAUUUCUCUUUUUUGCUUCACCCUCCUGCAAGGGAAAGGUUAUACAGGCAGCUAAACAGAUGACUAAAAAUUUCAGCUUCUGGCCCAAUUUAUCUGUUAUAGUACAUACUUCUCCUAUAGGUGCCUCAAGGUCAGGACAAACUGGGGUUCAUGGUCCUAAUUUUCUCCUAACCAGAAUGUAGCAGGCUUUAAGCAUUAGUGAUUCCCAUUCACUGUGUUCCCUCCUGUUCCUGAUUCCAUGCCUCCCUCUGCCAUAUAGCUCCUAGCUGGCUAAGAUGAGCGCAGACUGUAUCCAGAUGGGAGGAGAGCAGUUUGCACCCCACUGCUACCCUGCCAUGUUACUGAGCCCUUUGCUUGUAGCAGUGGUAGUGGUUUUUGCCAGUGCCGUCACUGGCUGCCCUGUCCUGUGCACCUGCCGCAGCCAGGUUGUGGAUUGCAGUGGGCUUCGGCUCUUUUCGGUACCACCAGAUCUCCCCUUGGACACCAGGAACCUGAGCCUAGCACAUAACCGCAUCACGACUAUCCCUCCUGGAUAUCUUUCCUGCUAUUCUGAGCUGAGGGUGCUGGACUUGCGGAACAACUCUCUGGUUGAACUACCUUCCGGACUCUUUUUGACAUCCAAACGCCUGUCCCACUUGGACUUGAGCUAUAACAACUUGACUCAUGUAGUGGCUGAUAUGUUCCAGGAGGCCUAUAAUCUGGUGCACAUUGACUUGAGCCACAACCCCUGGCUGAGGAAGGUGCACCCCCAAGCUUUCCAAGGCUUGGUCCAACUCCGGGACCUUGAUCUCAGCUAUGGGGGCCUGUCUUUCCUCAGCCUUGAAGCCCUGGAGGGUCUCACAGGUCUGGUGACUCUUCAGAUUGGAGGCAAUCCCUGGGUGUGUGGCUGUACCAUGGAGCCACUGCUGAAAUGGCUGAGAAAUAGGAUCCAGAGAUGUAUGUCAGAUACUCAACUGGCAGAGUGCCGAGAGCCACCUGAAGUGGAGGGAGCCCCUUUGUUCUCACUGACGGAAGAGAGCUUCAAGGCCUGCCACCUGACCUUAACACUGGAUGAUUAUCUCUUCAUUGCCUUUGUGGGCUUUGUGGUCUCCAUUGCUUCAGUGGCCACCAACUUCCUGCUGGGCAUCACUGCCAACUGUUGCCACCGCUGGAGCAAGGCGAGUGAGGAUGAAGAGAUGUAGCCGCAUGGCCUGAUCCUUUCUGCUCCUGCAUUGCCUGCUGUCAGAAGGGAAGCCAAGGGCUAUCAAGUUCAGGGAAGGAAAAAUCACUUGUCUUUGCUCUGCUCUGCUCUUUUCUUGCGCCUCCCAUCCAUCAACCCCUAUACAACAGAACCAGACUGCUAUUACGUUUCUUUCUUACUAGGGGCAGGGGGCAAGGCCAGCAAGAGUAGGGAGAUUGAAGUGUGCCUUGUACAAUCCUCUUUACACUGGAAACAGCCAGCAAGCCAUGUCUUGGAAAAGGAUGGAAGCAUGUCACCAAACACUUCGAUCCAUUCUUCAUCCAUUGCCUUCCAUGUCGCUCCUUGCAUACACACACAGACAAACACACACCCUAUUCCCAUGCAUCUUUUUCAGUAAGUGCUUUGAAUGAACAGCUUUAGCAUCUGCACACGCACGUGCAUGCACACACACAGACACAGACACACACACUUUACAUUCAUAUUAUCCUGACCACUGAUGGACAUGGGGAAAAAUAAACUAUUUUCCUCUUGUAGGGCAGAAGCUCCCUGGUUUUCUAACCAUCCCAUUCCAUUAUCCAUUGAAUUGGAUAGUUGUGUUUCUCAAGAGUGGGGAAACUGCACUUUGAACCACUCCAGUAAGUUCCAGAGGCCCACUCUUGGUAGUGCUGUGUGCAGAGCAUGCAGCUCUGCCAAGAUGCCCAAGAAGAGUUUGAAGACAAACAUGACAGCCAGAUAAACCCACAGACAACAAAUGCUUUCCCACCCCAGUUGCUAAUCAUUUGGCAUAGAUGGUGCUACAGUUAACACAACUAUCUGCUUUUGUAUGACUAGCCCCUUGCUAGACAUAUGGCUUUUGGUGUUUGUGGUUGUCAGGGGCACGUGCCCACAAAAGGAUCCCAAUAGAGAGAGAAUAACUAUGUAACAGUACAGGGAAUCUCCAAUAGGUCCUUUUGUAAGAUAUGAAGUGAAUGCAUAGCACAGAAGAGAAGGGACAGUGCGCCUUCUGGCAAAGCUGGCUUGGAGAGCACAGUGCUGAGGUUAGACGAAGGCUGCAGUUCAGAACUGAUCUCUGCAGACUUGCUUUGGGUGGGCAUAUCUAGGACCAGAUGAGCUGUGGCAGUAGGGAGUGUGACUGUGGAGAACAGCAAAAGCCACCUGCACUAUAACUUGCUAGAAUUAAGUUUUCAAUGGAAAUCGCAUAAUAAGGUUCUCCCCCUAAUGAAGAAUACAUUGUUUAGGAUACAAUAAAAUUAUGGCUAGUAAGUUAUUCACACUGUCCGCAACUUUGUUUUUCUUCAGCACUCUUUAGCCACAUCCGCACUACGAAGUUAUAUCAGCUUUAUUCCAGUUUAAGUGUCAUGGCUUUCCCCAAGGAAUCCUGGGAACUGUCAUUGGCUGAGGGUCGUGAGAAUUCUCUAGAUUCCUAGCUCCAGAGUGAUUCAAGUCUAUAGUAUAGAUACAUCCUUUGUGUGCUGCAGUGACCAGUCCUGGGUUUUGUUUUUGGUAUUUACUUUAGUAGCAGGUGGGGGGGCUCUGUGUGUGUGAUACGAGUCAGGACUGAAAGAGCCAUAACAUGAUGCAAGUGAGUGAGAAGUUGAAAGGACAAAGAAAGCUUAGUUUUUGCAGAAACUCUUUCUUGAUCACAAAAAACUGAAAUAAGUUAAGAAAGUCUGUGUUGAAAAGGAGGUAGAGUGAUUCUGGCCAUUCCAUCUGGUUCUUAUGCCUCCCCCUUUACUAUCCAAAUACUGUGUAAUAAAGCAGACCAUAAGGACAUUUAAUGUACAUUUUUCCUCACAAAAGCCUCAAGCCAUGAGUAAAGGGGCUAACUCAUACGAGAGAGGGGAGAAAGAAGAGGCCAGGAUGCAGUGCAUUUCCCCAGGCCACAUAGAGAUCCAAUGGCAGGGGUAGGAAUAACAUCUCAUGUUAGCAUCAGACCAUUCCAUAUGAAGUCUUCAGUUUGCAAAGCCAACUUGUAGAAAGAGGUCUAAAAGCAGGAAAGAUGCAACCAAGGACAUUCAUUGACUGCUCAUCGUGUGUUCAUCCAGCCUCACCAUACUCAUGGUAAGGAAGCUAGAUAUGAGGAUUAAAAUGUCUGGCUGGCAUAUCCGACUUGAAGACUAUAGCCAGUGUUCCCAGGAGGGGAACUCUCUUAUAAAGCCUAUAACUAUCUCCUAGAGAUCUCUGUGUGCUCCAAUUAUAGUUAAUGUAUUUUAAAACCUGUAAAAUGUUUAUUUUUGCAUAGAAAUAUGACCAAACAAGAUUCUGAAUGCUGCUGGGGAGAGACUGGGGAGAGCAAGAGGAUGGAGACCUCCUUCCACUGUUCUCAGUCUCGCCAAAAUCAGAAAGAUCACAGGGAAAACUGUCCUUAAAGGGCAGAACCCUUUCAGAGUGCACUCACAUAAAUAAUCCUUUUUCUAGCAUGCUGCGAUAUUUCUCCCCAACCACUCCAUGGUGAGAUCUACUUUGCAACUGAGUCUCCAGGCCUGCCGUCCCUCAAGUAGGGAGAGGCAGCCUACCUCAAGCAGAAGGUUUGGGAGGCACCUCUGAGAUUUUCAACCUCAGAUAUCACCAUGUCUCGAGCCCUCUCUGACACCUUAACAUAACCAUGUUAUGAUUAUGUCCUUCACAAGAUCAUAUUUCAACUCUGAUCUCACCACAGAGUGACUGAGGGGAAAAUAACACUGUGAGGGAUGGGCAGAUUGCGGGGAGGAGGCCAUGUCAAAUGACCCUUAAACUUUGUGUUUAUGUGGCUUUCAGAUGUGUCUGAAAACUGGUUGAUGCAGGGCUAAUAUCAUAUAGGCCUUCAUUUUCAGGACAGAAUCGUAUUAUGUUCAUGUCCCCACACUCCUUGUGAAUUGCCUGCAUUUAGCCAUCAUGUGCGGCAGAGGAAUGUUUCAGGGUAUAAUUAAGGGUACCUAGUUCCUGUGCAGUCCUUCUUGGUAUUAAAGUGGCUGUCAUUCUAAUUAUGUGCCAAGCAAACAGGGCUUUCACCCUGCAGGGCCAGACAUACUAUACAUCCCUAUCUGUGUCCACAGAGAGUCAUAACCAACUGCAGCUUUCAGUUUUGUAUCAAAAGUUCGGGUUGUAUGUUAUUUCUGUUUCUAUGGGCAUCAUAGGAGCAGCCCCAUCCCAAAGUGUUCAUGCCACCCCAGUGAAAGGAUUCAUUGGAGAGGAUUCUGGCCUUCAAAAAAGCAUAGAUCUCUUCUAGGAAAUGACUAUACAGAAAUAGCAUCUGGCACUUCUUUUUCCCUUGUGUAUAAUGAGAAUAACGUCAAGGGAUGUGCAAAUUGAUUCAGGUACAAAUCAAUUUGUACCCAAAUCUGGGUGAUUUGGAGACAAAACAAAUCACCCCUGUGGUCCAUUGGCUAGAUUUGGGUGCAAAUCAAAUCACGCCUAAUUCAAUUUGAAUCCAUUCAAGAUUCUAAUCCCUCCUAUUAAUUCUCCCAGAUUCCCAGCUUUCAUUUAAAAAAAAAAAAAAAGCUCUAGCCCUUGUAGAAGUGGAGUUAUGGAGCAAAAUGUGUGGUCACUAUUUUUCAAGUGUUUGGAUUUUUUGGAGUAUAAUUACUUUCACUCAAUGAAUCCCUAUGAGGAUUCAUUACAUACCUUCAUUGCUUCUAUUCAUUUUGACUGUCUUUUCGACAGCGCCAACUGUCAACUGCCAUGUGCCAACUACACCCCACUCCCACCUGCAAGGCAGUGGGGUACAACUCAGUUUAUGGUUUAGGAUUUUUUCCCCAAGUGUUUAGGCUCUUUGGUGUCUAAGAACCUUUCCUCAUAAUGAAUCCCUAUGAGGAUUCAUUACACACCAAAGAGUCUAAACACCUCGAAAAUUCCUAAAAUAUAAACUGAGUACCCAGUGGCUUGUGAAGUAGUUGGAACAUGAGAUGCCACUAAUUCCCCACCCCCACCUGCAAAGCAGUGGGGUCAAAAUGAACAGAAGAAAUGAAGGUGUGUAAUGAAGACACCAAAGAAUCUAAACACUUCAAAAAUACCUAAAAAAUAAACUGAGUAUCCCAGUGUGUGUUUGGGGGGGGGUGUAGUAGACACCUGACAGUUGGCACUGUCCAAUGAUAGUCAAAAUGAACAGAAGAAGCAAAGGUAUAUAAUGAAUCCUCAUAGGGAUUCAUUAUGAGGAAAAGUUAUUAUACACCAAAAAAUCCAAACACCUGAAAAAUGACUGCACAUUUUGCUCCAUAACGCCACUUCUGCAAGGGCUAGAGCUUAGCUUUAAAAAAAAUGAAAGCUGGUAAUCCGUUUUAGGGUUAGGAUAUGGCAACUUCGAAUCCCCAUUGUUUCCUAUGGCAGAAAUAUUCAAAAUCAAUAAAAACAUUUUAAAAAAUCAUUAAACAUCAACCAAGUGUCCCACUGCCUUGAAAUUUGGGUGGUAGGUGGCACCCUUGGGGACCUAUCCACCACCCAAAUGUGGUGCCCCUAGGACCUUGUUAAGAGGUCUGAAUCAGUCCAAAUCUGAAUCAAAGCAAAUACAAAUCGAAUCUGGGGUGAUUUGGAGGGGGUAGAUUUGGAUACAAAACAAAUCAGGAGUGAUUUGUUUUGGGCACAAAUCAAAUAAAAAAAUUGAUUUGUGCACAUUCCUAAUAACUUCCACUAGCCAAUGACUAGUAUUCAUUCUAGUUUUGCACAACUAUUUAAAAAGAAGUGGAUAUCAUCCAUUCCUAAGCAAGGAUUCCUUGAUUCUAAAUUGAUGUGACCCAUCCAAACUCAGGCCCAAACAACCACAUCAUGUAUGCAUCAGGGUGCCAGCAAAUGCUUUUCAGGCUGUGUCUUCAUUUUCGGUUGUGCUGUUAGGUACUUGUGGAAGAGAAGCAAUGUGGGUACCCAAUUGCCAAACCAGCAUUUUAAGACCAUGAGCAGAAUGGUUCUGUCCCGAGUUCCACUUGUGUCAUGUGUGACUCUUUGUGACAUGCUCAACAUAUGCAAGCUGUGCAGUGGAGCAAUACAUCUGAGCUUGGCAGGUGCUGAAGUAUGCACACAACCAUCUCAGCACAUGGCAAACUGCACCAAUAUUCUCAGCUUCCAACAGCAUCAAGUUCAUUGUCCCAGAUGUAGUGUAGGAACCAGCACUGAUCCUAAAAACAUAAGAAGCUACCUUUUAUUGAGUGAGAUCACUGGUCCAUCUAGUUCAGUAUCGUCUACAUAGACUGGCAGGCAGUGGCUUCUCCAAGGUUAAAGGCAGGAGUCUGUCCCAGCCCUUUCUGGAGAUUCCAGAGAAAACUUGGGACCUUCUGCUCUUCCCAAAGUGGCCCCAUCAUCAAAGGGGAAUAUCCUAAAAUGCUCACAUGUAGUCUCCUCUAUAUUGAAGCUCACCUGCAACAAUUUAGUGGGCAGCUGACCUGCAACGUUGUUGUGGUGGUGCAGAUGCAACUGUGAAAUUAUCUUCUUGGUAAGAAUAAUUAUUCUAGUUUAUCUGAUCCCAGAGGCUGAAAUCGACUUCUUAACAUUAUAUUAUUUAAAUAUAUGGGCGUCUUUUCACAUGUCAGGUCUUUAGAAGAGCAAAUGUAGUGAGUGAAUGGCAAAACGCACUCAGCCAGUUCAUAUGAUUGUUAAUGGGGUAGGGCGCUUGUCCUACCCAGCUUCAGGAACUGUGCGUGCUCCUGAUUUUCAUGUGUGUUAGCAAAAACCUAGUAGUAGGGGGAGUGAUGAUCAUCUGUGAGACCAGAACUGGGUACAACGGCUUUUCCUCCUACCUCAUUAAAGUGCUGUAUACACGUGCUAGGUACAAUGGUGCCAUCCUACCUAGCUCCUCCGGCCUUACAGAAGAUCAUGCCCACCACCACCCCAACCCCCCACCCCCCACACACACUCCUCCUAUCUAGGUUUUUGCUACCACAUGGCUGAAAACUGGGAGCUCGCACAGUUCCCAAGGCUGGGUACGAUGCUUGUCCUACCACGCUAACGAUCAUGUGAACCGGCUUACUACGUGUCUGGAAGAACAUAAAAGAACCCCAUUCCCUCUGCACUAAUUGCAUGUACUGUCCUCCCAAAUUUAUACAUUUUAAUGUAUGUUUUCAAGCACAGGAAUUAUUUGCAAGAAAACAUUUCUGGUCUUUAAGAUACCCAGUGAAAAGCAGUAGCUGAGCAUCUAGGGCUCCCAGCUGGAUUAAAAACAAGCUUGUAGGGUGAGCACAUUUGCUAGGGCAUCCACAUAAGGAGGUCAUUCAAACAAUCAAAAACUGUGUCCUACCCAGGUUUGGGAGCUGUGUGUACUCCCAAUUCUCAGUUGUGUGGAAGCAAGAUAGGAGGAGGAGAACCUGGGUAGCUUUUCCUCCUAUCUUGCUUCCACACAAUCAAUUCUACCCAGGUUUUCCUCUUACCUUGCUUCCACACAACCAAAAAUUGGGAGCACACACAGCUCCCAAACCUGGAUCGAACACAGUUUUUGAUUGUGUGAAUGACCUCAUUGUAUUUUCAAGCAUACCCAUGUUGUCAGAGUAAUGUCCAUAGAUGCAUGUCUGUACAGCAUGUGUACAUAUGUAUGUUGCUUAAAAUGUGCUGUGGUCUGAGCACUAACUCCUGUUAAUACUUGUUCAGGUGCCACUGAUUAUUUCAUACUGUAUAAGGGAACAUACUGCACCACUUGAUCAUACCCCUUGUGCCAAUACCGAGGAGGCUAAAGCAGAAAAGUCACAGCAUGCCUAAUUCAGCCAAGCAAAUUGCCACUUGAUGCAGCAAUCAUCAAGUGAAGAAUAUGCAUGUAUGAACCAACCCUUAAGUCACAAAAAAGCCUUCUUCUUGUCCCACUGCUUUGGGUGCAGUGAUUGUGGAAGGCUGUGAGCUAGUCUGCAUCUUCAUACUUCGCUUGAUUAGCGGGGCCUUACUGAGACAGUUCUCAAGGGUGCUUGGUGAUACAGCUAAUAUGCAUUUUCCAGCCAAGCAUAAAGAGGCUCCUCUUUUCCUCCAAAUAUCUCACCUUUAGCUUUUGAGAGAUUUGCUCCUAUUGUUGUAAGACACAAGUUGCAAAACGUUCUCCAAAAAUGUUUUGGAGACUGUGGUGUCUGAUCCCAUGAAAUACUGUGCAGCAAAGUGUUUGCUCAUGGAGUCAGAGGUGUAUUCUGUCACACUUUUCAUAGCUUUGAAAUAAAUUGUAAGGAAUUUCAGUAUUUGGAGCAUUAUGAAGCAAAGGCAGCUGUUCUCUGAUGAUUAGGGCAGCUAAGCUGCUUGUUCACUGGAGAUAAAUGGAGCUGUGAUGAUGGCUUUUAUGGAGCUUAAGAAAACUUGUAAGAUCGAAUUCAAAUUUGCCCCUUGGAAUGAGCAAAUGUCCAUAUUUUGCUAUGAAAUGCAGCUUUGGGUGCAGAAGCAUCAAUAUUUAAGGGCCUGGGAUCUCACACCAUUAACAUUUGACUGUUGUGAAAUUCAGAAUGUUCCAAAGUUUUAUAUAUACAUUUGGCAACUGUGAAUUUGGGAAAAUUAUCAAAAGUAUGGGUAGACUUUUUAAAGAGCAUCUUGUUUUGACUCUGUAAAGCUCUGUGGGCCUGGAUCAUCUGUUUUGUUGCUUCACACAGAGUGCUGUGACUGAAACAAAUGAUUAAGUACCCCUCAAAAUUCAAAGCAUCUGGCAAUGACACAAUCAGUGUCAGAGGAAGGGGAGAAGUAAACAAGAUCUAGAAGUCAACAAGAAUACAAACAAGAACUUUUAAAUAAAUAUAUAGGGUGGAAUCCAAACCUUUAACUGAGCAAUGCUCCAUCAGUGGAGGCUCCUUCCAUGACUAGAAGGUCCAUUAAAGGUCUGGAUGCUGCCCAUAGUUAUUUUUGAGGGUCAAACUAGAUGUUAUAGUGGCAUGUCCAUGUAUUACAAUGUAGGUCAAGUCAAUUUUCUAUAAAGCAUAAGGAGGCAUUAAGGCACAGUCUAGACUGGCAGAAGGGAGUCCUAAACUCUCACCACCACCACCACCCAAACACAUACACACUUCUCCUCAAAACCACUUCUCUCCAGCUAUUUUUCUCCUGGUAGUACUCCAAAUACUGGAACACAAGAACAUAUGGCUGGAACAUAAGAACAUAAGAUCUGCAAUGACUGGCAGCCGUUCACCAAAGUUUCAGGCAGGAGUCUUCCCAAGUCCUAUCUGGAGAUGCCAGGGAUUGAACCUGGCACCUUCUGCCUAAGAGCAAAGCAAUUGCUCUACCACUGAGCUAUGGCCCCAUCACUAAAGCAACCCCUGCUGGGGGGAAACUCCUGGAAAUAAGUUAUGGAGCAGGGAGCCCAGACCUGAAAAGAAUUCAUCACACACACCUUUCCACCUAUCCAUGCUUUGCUUAAGUGCUCUCCAGGUCCCACCCUCAUGUGACAGGAAAUCAGCACAGUCUGCUUUAUAAUAUAAAGAACUUGCUGCCACAAAUUUAGUUUGGACUUCAGACAACGGAAGAAAGAGAACAUGUCAUUACAUCACAAAUGAUUGGUCACUUUAUUCAUAAAUAUACAUGAUAAGGCUUUGCACCCUGCAUAAUUAGACAGAAAUAUCCAAUCAGGUUUUCAAAACUUUUUAAAGUCAAACAACCUAGGGAAAAUUGGGGCUGGACAGAUCUCUCCCUGUAACAGCAAGAUUUGAAAAAUAAUCAACACACAUUGCUAAGUAUCCAGUAAAUGCAGAUGGACACAAACUCUGUGCAAGCAUGGUUGGUUUUUUUUUUAAAUUCUAUUUAUUUUUCAUAUCCAGAUUGGAUCUCGCCAUUAAAAUGCAAAGGGACUUCUGCAUGGAGGAGCUCCAUGCACCCACUGUAAUACACUCAGAAUACUCGAUUAGGGAAAUUAAUUUCCCAUCAACUGAUUUCCCCCCCCACCGUUCUUUUUUAAGUGCAGCUCUUGACACCAUGUCUGUAAAUUGCACCCCCACUGCACCCCAAAUCAAACCCAGAAUGGAUAAUCAACUUUCUUUGCUAAAAUCAAAGAUUUUUCUAGAUGUAAACACCAACUUUUUAGGGUUUGGCACCUUUGGUUGCCAACCAAAUCCAAACACACUUAGCAUUCUAGCAUGAACUAAGAGGAGGUGGUAUUUUUAAAAAAAUCCUUCUAUAAACAAUCUUGGCUUUUGUUACACGUCCUCCUCGUUACAUAACUUGAGUCAUCCCUUCCUACCCUCUGCUCCUCCACAUUAAUCUUUGUUAUGGCUCUGUUCCAUACAUGGUCACAACAACUGAUUCAACUUGAAACAUGUAAAUGUUUUCCAAAGUGAAUCCAAAUGUCCUUCGUUUUUUAUCUGUAUUAUCAGUUAAUAAAGUAGAUAUUUGCCUUAGCUCCAUGCAAACAUUUGGUCUGUAUAAAUCUCUUGUGUGUGGAGAAAGGAGAAGGCUGGAUCACACUCAAUGGUCCCAUCCCCUCUCUGUGCUGACCUGCAUGUGUCUGAGAAACAGAACAGAACAGAAGAUACAUCUCAACAUGUGCAGAAAAUACAACCUGUGCCUUGCAAAAAAGUGGACUGCAGAUUUCAUGUACAGAGACUGCACAUGUUGGGAUGCCUGCAUGGAGGCCCAACGUGCAGAUGGGACCCUGAAUACAUGGAGAUGGCUCAGUUAGGAGGCAGGGCCAGUGGACACUAUCCCAGCCCACUCUCUGUGGCUAUAGGUCUACACAGAUCAAAUAUCUGCACAGAGCUCUGUAUUCUCUUAUCCAUUUUACCUAGACACAUUAAUCUAUGAUAUUUGGGUAUGACAAUGCUUAAUAAUCAGUUUGGCUAAUGGUCUUACUGUUUCUAUUGUAACUGCUAUAAUCAAAUUGUCACUCCUAUAAAUGUCUGUGCUAUAAUCAUUCAAGUAGAAAUUAAAUCAGAAAAGGAAUUUUGGUCUGAACAUUUCAUCAGCUUUAACUGGGAGGGUUAAUUUUGGUUUCUUUUUCUCUCCAUGUUUCCCUUUCACUGUAGAAAACAGAAAAAGGAGGUGGAAUUUUAAGAGUCUGCUUUCCACAUAGUCUCAUGACUCUAUGUAGUCAUUAAUGACAGGGGGGGGGGGGAAUCUCCGCAUAAUGACUCUUCCCUGUCAUUCUCAGAUAUUAUAAUCAACUUACAUUAAGCUAUCUCUCCUCCACAUUGUCAAAUUACAUUUCAUGCCAUUGCAAAAAUGUUUUAUUCUUGAACGUAGUUGAAAACAUAAUGAAAUAUAGAAAUGUUCAAAAGAAGCCUUCACCAUGGAGGAUGGCAAAAAAAAAAAAAGCACAUGGAGACUCUUCCUGUCCAAAAUUAUUUGGUAUGCUCUCUCAUUCCUAGUCUAUGCUCAGCUUGCUCCCAUCAGAAGGAAGGGAACAAAAAGGAGACAAGAAGCAUGAAAAGUAACUCCAAAAUAUACUUCAUUUUUUAAAAUAAAUAGUGACAAUUCAAUUGGAAUAAAAAACAAGUUUUAAAAAUAUUUCAAAAUGCAACUGGUUUCAUUUUUCCAUUAAAAGAAGUGGGGGAGGGGAUCAAGUAGUUAAGGAGUUGCCUCUUUAACUAGGGGGCAAGGGGUUUAAUAGAUACACUCAUAAUGAGUAAAGGAAUUUCCCAUGGUCACUUACUCUCCAGUAUGACCACAGGUCACACCAGUCUGAAAGAUACUGCCAGGCAAGUGGUGGAAGAAAUCUGGAGAAAUGAGAUCUACCCCUCUCUGUCUGGAUUGGUAGACUCUCUAGAGCUGCCCACCUUUUCUAAGAGCUUUUGAGCCAUGAUAGUUGCUUGGGGUGGAGGGAGAUGGGAAAGGUAAGGACCUUUGUAUGUUGAUUUUAUAAAUGUGGAUUUUUGUAAUUGUGCUACUUUUUUCAUAAAUGUACACUAUCAAUAAAAAAGUAACUAGUUUAAUGAGGUGCAGAUGUUGGGUGUGUGCAAAAGAAAAAGAACGUUUAAAAAUUAUGACUACUGCUGGUGGUGGUGGUGGUGGUGGUGGUGAUGGUGACAAUUUGCCAUACCUCUAAAGCAUCCCCUCAUGUUUAAGAUAGGGGGCACGUCCUGUGACCCACCAAGCUAAAUGCAGCCUACCAUCCAUGAUUUGUGGCCUGCUAGAUGCUUGACAACCUGCAUCUUCCAUGUUUACAAUCAUAGAUAAGAAACAAAAACACAACAUUUCGCCAGCAUGUGGUGGACUGUCAUACAAGACUGGUGGGCUGCAUUUGGCUUGGUGAGUCACACAUUGUGGAUGCCUGAAUGUGGUGGAGCUACUAGAGCCCCAUGCUGUUGUAACUCUCAUAGCCCCACUUUCUAGCCUGUUGCUCAGACAAAAAGCUUCCCCAGAUAGCCCCUGCAUUCUCCAUCCACUCUCUUCUUGCCCAUGUCACAUCAGUCCAAUGUGUGGGUCCUAUGCCCAUAAAAGUUAUCAGAAUGUCCAUGUUUGUAAGAGAGCCUGUUCUAGCUGUUGUUUAUUACUUUAUGUGUACUCUAUCAUGGCUUUUAGAAUAAAUGACAAUAAAACAUUAUCUUAUACUGGA